AUGUCAAAUAAACUUGGUAAUUUCGAGGUGCCUGAGAAUCUAACAGAAGUCAAGCAAUUGAAUGAUCAGAUCUUAGAAAUGAUUGAGUAGAAUUAGGGCAAAUCUUAAAAAAGUUAGAAGAACUAAAAGCGUUGGACUAUCAUCAGACAGGGUCUAUAGCACACUCUUUCAACAGACCCAGAUAAUAUUAAAAGCAAUGACCAGGAUAAUACAUCAUAACUGCAAAGUAACUUUGAUGAAGGCAAGAUCAUAACUGACAUUAAGGUCAAGUUGGCAAAUUACAUCCAGACUUAACACGAAGAAAAGUUUCAAUAAAUGAUAGGCAAUCUCUCCACAAAUAUAAUGAAUGAAUCUCGAACAACUUUUAACGGUAGCACCAGGUCACUCAGGUCUACACAAAUAAACAUGCUCUUUGAUCAAAGUAAGGAACUCCUUAAGCGGAAAUGUGACAAAUUCAAGAAUCAACUGCAGGCUAAGAAGGAGUUACUUAAGAAUUAUGAGGCAGAAUUGGAGAAACUCAGGAGUGCAAAUCAGGUCAAUGUAAAUAUCUCCUCUAGCUCGAAUAACUCUCUCAACGUCACAAGUUUAAUCCUGAAUUCUUAGUUUCACUCGUCUUUAAUAGGGAAUGGAGAUAACUAAUCUCCUAAUAAGCUAAUGAAUUCUACCAUUAUAACAUCAAAUGAAAGCAUAUUAGAUUACACCAAUUUGUCAUCUUUAUCAGGUAGGCUAGAUAUAUUGAAAAUGAAACUAGUGCACAUAGCCGAGAGAAGCUUAGAGGCUUAUCGAGAAAAUACAGUCCUCAAAUCAAUGCUUAGGAAAUCUAGACUAUAAAGAGAAUGUGAUCGUAAAGAUAGAAUAAGAAUUGGGGAUUCUCUAGCAGCAGUUGAAAAGAUAGUAUACUCAAUUGAGAAUAUAAAGUACUUGGACUCAGGGCGAAAGAUCUCAGUGGAUGGUAUGAAUCAAAGUCACAGAUUCAUAUUUAACAAGGACAGAGACAAAAUGCAAUAAAUGCUGACCAGGUGUAAUGAAAGACUCAAAAUUGAAGAAGAGUAAACUCAGGAAAUGCUUCAUAAAUAUCUUUAACACCUUAGAAAGGUAAAAAUAUUCCAAUAGGACUUGAUCCAUAUGAGGAUACUCAAAAAAUAGCAAGACUCACAAUAGAAAUAGCUAACCUUGAUUAUGAGAAAUAGAAGGCAAGAGUACUUAGUCCUUAGGAAUAUUUACGGGAUUCAUCAUUUAAAGCGGAUCAUAGAGAUGAAAUAGAACCUAUAGUAUAGCAACGAAUUUGAAUUUGAACAAUAAAUGCAGGAACAGAUAAAAAUGUAUUAGUUUCAAAUGCUUUAAUGCAAAAUUAUAUCCUAUGAAAGUGUCAACUCUCAGCCUAGUAUAAUAGCCAUGGGCUAAAGAUCUGGGGAGUAGUCACCCACUCUGUAAAGUUUUAACAAUCAAACGGCAUUUGAUUAAUACCUGAUGUUUAGGAACUUUUUCUAAGAGACAUAUCAGAAUGGGGGAUCAGAACUUAAAGCUAGCAAGCCAGUUAAUAUGUCGUUCGAUUAUGUGCUAGAAAACUACCAAAAAGUGUUCAUUAGAUAGCAGUUUCUGAAUAAUAGGAUACAUCAUACACAGUAAGAAAAACAGCUCUGUAGAAUUCAGCUAAUCAAUUCUAAAAUAUUGAUGUUUAAACUUCAAUAGAAUUUAAGAGAAUAACAAGAACAUAAUCUAGACAAUGAUAAAGAUAAAUCUGAUUCUUAAAAUAUGCUUAAGGAAAAAUUGGCCAAGAUAAUAUAAAGCAAAGCCCUUAAUGUUGAAUAGAUAGCUGAAAAAAUAAAAUAAAUGGCUGGUAUACUGAUGUUCUUUGAGCGUACACUCAUGUAUCUCACUCAAAGAACAGUUGGACCUUAUGUGACUCAUAUAUAAACUUUGGUAACUCAAGUCAAAAUAGAUAAAGAUCUAAUUGCUACUAUAGAAAAAUAUAAAAACUAAGAUAAUUCCAAAAUUAAGCUAUUUUCAAGCAAAGAUAAACUGAACAUAUUUGCAAUAAGACUAUAGAUAGACUAGCAAUUCCUUUAAAUCUUCUUUGAAUACAAAGAGGACAUCAUCCAGAUGAUUCAUCAGUUAGAAAACUUGAACAAAUAGAUAGAGGACAUUAGGUAGAUAACCUAUCCAAGGAAAAAGAAUCUGACCAUUAAAAAUGCUCUAGCUGAAUUCAAGAAGUACUUUAUUAGUUUGAAUCAGAAUGUCAAUGAAAACUUUAACAUUGAACAGUUGGAGGAGAUAAAAAAUGCAGUUAUGGAAAUGCUAGAAGAUACAAAUGAGACUGAAGAAGGUGAUGAUUAUGGGGAUGAGGGUAUAUAGGAGAAAUUUAAAACCCCAGAGUUAUUGGAUAGAGUGAGUUACAAAUACCAAAACUCAUAGAUAAACACAGAUGAUUAAAAUUUGACAAUAAUAGAUGAAUCAAAUUUUAAAGACAAUGACUCAGAGACCUAGGAGUUUAACAGGCAGCUCAGAAAAACAUAGUAAAAUGGCAGUUAGAUUGGAAAGGCUAUGAAGGAAAGGAGGAGGAACAAGUAAAUGUAUCAGUCAGUAGAGGUUACAGAUGAAAUCAGGAUAAUGAAGUAAAAGAACAGACUGGUCAACUUUGAAAGAGAGGAGUUGAAGUUCAUGAGUAAUCUUAAAAGCAAGAUCAAGAAGGACUAUGAUAGGAUUAAGUAUGAGAUCCCAUUGCAAUAAGUUCCGAGUCCAACUCUUGAAAAAAGAUUAUUGAUGAGCUAGGUAAAGCCUAAGUGCGAUCACCCUACCGAAAGACAAUCGAUUUCAACAAGAAGAGAUAUCUAAUCAUCCCGCAGAGUAUAAUAACCAACACAGCACUCCACCAAUCAAACAGCAGUUUCUACUAGAACAAAACAUAGAACAGAUGAUCUUGAUUAAUUUCCUUCAAUAAUCUCAGAUGUGAACAGUCUAAGUAGAAAGCAGAACAAUCCAGUCUACUCAAGUCGAUACCUUUCUUAAAAGCAAGACCAGACCUUGAAUAAGAUCCCUUCAGUCUCCUAAAUCAAUAGCACUCCAAAUCAGUCUUAGAAGAAUUUAGUCAUUGGCCAAGUCCAGAAGUUUGUGAAUGAAAAGUCUCUGAGGUACAUGAGACAGUAUAAGUUUGAGGGACAGUAGAUGAAGAACCAAAGACGAAUAAACAUCUCCAACAGCAUAGUAAACCCAAAGUUAAACCAAAUCGAUACUAGGAAUGAACAAAAAAGCAGCAAUAGGAAUUCAGUUAACUUGAGAGAGUCUAAUCCUACCUCCGUCAAGAAUGCGACAUCUGAAGCUCUUAGAGUUUAUCUGCAAAAGCAGAAAAGGAUAAAGCGUAGGAACAUAGAGGGAGGGUAUAACAUGAUCCACAGUGAUAACAGUCUAGUUAACAUUCAACUUAACUAUCCCUAGAUGUUUUAAACACAAGAUACUAAGUCUCAAGUUAUAUAUCACUUAGACAACAGUAUCGAUAGUUAAAGUCUUAUACUCGCAUCAAGCUAUAACAAUUAGAGUGUCAACUCAGAUGGAAUCCUGCCACAAUUGCCUAAAUGA